AUGUGCACAUCCUUCUCCUCACUUCUCCACACGUUUCACCCGCAGCAUCCGCUUCAACCCGAGCGCCGUUCGUUCAGGUUCCGUUGGGUGGGUGGUGUGCAGCUCGCUGUGACGGGCGAACCGGGCUGCACCUGCAAUCCCUUGACGAGCUUCUGCACGAUCCGUUGGCUCAUCGAUGAGUCCAAGGAUCCGGCUUAUCCGCAGAAUGAGGACCUUCACUUCAAGGUGGCCACGGCGAAUCCCUCGAAGACGCCCUUCUUGACAGACAACUAUUGGAAGGUGGCUCACAUGAAGGGCACCGUGGUGAAAUCGUCUCACAUCCAUCGAGGAUGGGACGUGAACCCGCAGCUCGAGAAUGUGGAGGUGAAGCUCACGGGGACCAAAUACGCCGCGGGCAAGAUCUCGGCCAUCGAAGUGACGUUCACUCCCAUCACGGAUGCGGACACUUUGAAGAUUGAGGCCAUCUUCCCAACGCAGUUCAACUUCGACCAGUCCACGGUGCCCUUGCCGUAUGACAUCGACAGUCGAAGUGAAGGAGCCACGUUGAUCAUCAACCGUGGAGGCUUCCGUGCCGGGGUGAUGACCACCAUCGCCAUCAACACCGUGCGUUUGGGCCGGGCCGGUGGUCAGACACGUUUCAACUUCAUUACCUACAACGAUGACACCAUGUCGGAGAAGAGGGAUGAGAAGUUGGGCUUCACCGGCGGCUUCCGCUUACCGGGUCUGAUCAGUGUGGUCAAUGCACCGGUGCUGCGGAGCCAGUACCAGGAGGCCAAGGCCCAGUUCCCAGUAGAGUCGCUCUUUCAGCCCCGAGUGCAGGAGGAUGCCAAGGCGCAGUUCACCUUGUCCUUCUCCAGGGCAGUGCAAGCCUCGGAGAGGCUGUUGGUGACUUGUCAGGGGCAGGCGAAGUAUCAGCUCAAGCAGUCGCCCUUCGUCGUGAUCGGUAUUGGGCCCAUUGAGACAUCGGCCCGGAGCCUCAUUGGCGGAUUUCUGUCGGCUACACUGAAGCCUGGGAGACCGGCUACGGAGGUGGCACUACAGGCGGAUACCCCCUACACCAUCAUUAUGCUGGUCUUACCCGUCCAGGGCACCAACACCUGGCGCUUUGAUACCAGCGAUGGUGGCGCUCUACCGACCAACACCAACGACGGAGAGCUCAACGGCCGGAGCUUCUCGCCGGUGGAGCAGUUUGUCUUGGGCGUUGAGGCGGUGCGUAGUCCGCCCAGAGCCGUGGUCGAUGUCACUCUUAGCAUCGAAGUGGGCAAUGCCAUCGUUCGGGAGCUCAUCAUCGUGGCCCCUCCAAGCUUCCUCUUCGACGAGAGUGCUGGUGGCUGCGGCGACAUGUGCUUGCCCGGGAGCCUGCAUCGGCUGGGACGUUUGGGGACCGCCACCAUUGCCUCCCCCACCGGGGAACCUUUGACGCAGCUUCAGGGCAUCAAGGUCCGCGUGCUGACCCCGUAUCUGACGCCAAGCAGUGUGACCUGGUUUGUCGAGGGUCGUGGCCAGGGUGCUGGGACGACCGUUGGCUGGGGCAGAGGCCCUGGCUUUUUUGUCACUCAGAUGGCUGCCACGUCGGUGAUGUGCGCCUGA